GUGAGAGUGAGCUGCACCACUGGAUGUACAAAGUUUAUCCUCUGUCAGUGAAAACAUCGCAUGGUUGCAGCCAUGGAGUGCCUCAAAGACUGCUGCAAGAACUUCAUGAAGAGGAAGGGGAAGGAGCAGGAGACCCAAGUGAUCGCACUGAAGAUGCCUCCAAACAAGGCAGCAGGACGGGAACUUGAUGAAGAGAGAAGGGGGGUCACAGAGGAUUACCUCCUGUCCAAGCUGCCCCCGGACGGCAGAGAGGUGCCGUUUGUCCUGCCGACCUUCAAGGCCUCUUACGUCCAACCCAGAGGCUCCCGCUACCCAAGUUUACAGUCUGGACCACAGAGUUCAGCCCGGAGCACGUAUGCAGAGAGGAAGGCAGAGCUGCUUGGCACCAGUCAUUUCCCCUAUGUCCUCGAGCCCAGCUUCCGUCAGGGUCAGAUGGCCGAGUUCAUCUCCCCCGGCUCGACCCGCCGCAACACACUGAAGAACAGAAACGCCAGUCCCCAAAGUCCAGGUUGGACUCUGACGCCGGGCAGCGAGCAGCGACUGAGCAGCUCCAUGUUUGAUCUGUCCAGCUCUCAGAGUCACAUGCAGCGCUUCGACUCCGUCUCCAGCGUCCUCAGCAGCACGUCCUCCAUGAUCGGCUCCAUUGAAAGCAGCCUGGACUCCAUCACCCUGUCCGGGGAUGAGCGCGAGCUGGGCAAGGUGAGCGUCCAAGUGAGCUACCAGGAGGCUGUGGAGCAGGUGUGGAUCACUCUGGUCCAGUGUUCAGACCUCAACCUUCCCUCGGAUGGAGUGGAGCAACAAAAGAUUGGCUUUAAAGGCAUCAUCACCAUCCCCAAACCGAUACAGUUCAAGAGCUCAGUCAAGGAAUACAGUCAGGAUGUGUCCUUCAUGGAGACCUUUGUGUUUGCGCUGCGUCUCCAGCAGUUGCGCGGCAGUGCUUUGGUGUUGCGGCUGCAAACGCACAACCCCAAGAAACGCACGGUGGCGGAGUGCGUCCUCUCCCUUCGACAGCUUGGCUCUCAGGAGAUGGAGCACUGGCUAGACCUCAACCCUCCAUCCAAAUCCUCCGUGUGCCACUCUGAGCUGCAUCUCACCACCUGCUUUCAGCCAGUCAACGGACGCAUCCAGCUCCAGGUCCUCGCUGCCCAAAACCUCCCAGCAUCCUCCUCACCCCUCACACAAGCGUUUUUUGUCAAAGUGGAGAUGCUCCAGUUGGGGCGGGUGGUGAUGAAGAAGAAGACUCGCGCGCUGAAGGCCUCUGGCGGUCAGUGUCAGUGGACAGAGACUUUUCACUUCCUGCUGGCAGCGUUAGACCAGGCCUGCUCGCUGUCAGUCAAACUCUACAGCCGGAGCUCGGUCAGGAGGAAACAGUGUCUUGGACAGGUCCAGCUGGGAUUCGACAGCCCUGUCCCAGAAGCAGUGGAGCAGUGGAAGGACACGAUGGCUCAUCCAGAGAAAGUGGUGUCUGCAUGGCACAGGCUGGGCACUGCCUAGACCCCUCCUCCAGACUUCCUCUGUGCACACUACAGACGUGAUGCUAUUGUGCUGCAGGUCCAGCUGUGCCCGUUUGCUUUUCCAGCCGGUCGGCCACCAUUCUUUAUGCUAGCUAAGUCGACUCUGAUGGACCGGACUGGAAACUACUGAAUGUGGUCUGAAUGCCCUGGGAGACCAGAUUUCCACAGUCGGUUUAGGUGCUUGGUUGUAAAUAGGGGUUUCGAACAAAGUAUAGGUGCUGGAAAAGCUUUUUUGGUAGCUCUUGUGUAGACAAAAUGAAGUUUUUUCUUUAAAAAACAGUAGAGCAUUGACAAGAAUUCAGCUGCAUUGCAUUUAGCUCUAGUUGAUGCUUUAUUUUGUAAGUCACAUGCCCUGUGUAUAUCACAGCUUUUUUCUGAAAACCUUGUCACCCUUUCAGUUGGACGGAAAGUUUACAAGCAGAGAAAAUGACCAUAAAGUCAAUCUCCCUGUAUUAAACACAUGUUUUCAGUCUGUAAUUGAGGUCCAUCUUAGUGGAUAAAGCCAGCUGACAAUGAGAAAAACAUAGAUCUCAACUUUUCCGGAGAUCACAGGUUUUCCCUGAACCUAACUUAACUAUAGGUUAUCAUGUUACUGUACAAUGCAGCAGUAUCAAACCUAAGCUGUACACCUUUGACAGUAAAGCACUUUAAUUUUUUUUUAUGUAUUAAUGUG